UGUGUGUGUCAGUCCUGCACAGAGACAGACCACAAGUUCCAUGCUGUUGUACCUCUAAAGGAGGCGUAUGACGUGAAGACGGCCCAGCUGGGGAAGAUAGAGGCUGAAGUUCAGCACAUGAUCCAGAGCAGAAUACGAAAGAUUCAGGGGAUUAAAGACACAGUAGAAUUGAGCAAAAAAGACGCAGAUAGAGAGAUAGCCGAUGGUGUGCAGGUCUUCACCGCUCUGAAGCGCCGCAUUGGAAAGUGCCAGGAUGAUUUCCAUCGAGCGGUUAAAGAGAAACUCAAUUCAACAGAGAAACAAGCUGAAGACCUCAUCAAAGAGCUGGAGCAGGAAAUAAAAGACUUGACUAAUAGAAGCUCAGAGGUGAAGAAGCUCUCAAACAAUAAAGACCACCUCCACUUCCUCCAGGCCUUCAGAUCCCUGAAGAAUACUCCACCCACCAGGGACUGGAUGACGGUGGAGGUCCGUCCUCCGUCACACGUAGGGACCUUGAGGAGAUGCCUGGAUCAGCUGGAGGAGACUCUGAACAUGGAGAUGAAGAAGGUGCCUGACCUGAAACCAGGCAUAAAGAAGUAUGCUUGUGAACUCACACUGGACCCGAACACAGCCCACAGACAUCUCUCUCUGUCUGAGGACGACAGAGAGGUGACACAGCUUGGAUGCAAUCAAGGGUAUCCUGGUCACCCAGAAAGAUUUGACUACCGUAGACAGGUGUUGUGUAGAGAGGUUCUGAUUGGCCGCUGUUACUGGGAGGUAGACUGGGGAGACCAAGUGGAUAUAGGAGUGACAUACAGAGGAAUCACAAGGAGAGGAAGGGGGGAUGACAGCUUUCUUGGACAGAACAACAUGUCUUGGUGUCUUCAUUGUGAUGAAAAUAAUGGUGGUGAUUUUUACUCUGCCCACUUCAAUGGUAGUGAAACAAAAAUACCUUUCGCCUCUCGCUAUAACAGAGUAGGAGUGUAUCUGGACCGGCCUGCUGGCAUUCUGUCCUUCUACGAAGUGUCCCCAGAUGUAGGAGGGACCUCAGACACACUGACACACAUCCACACCUUCAUGCCUACAUUCACUCAGGACCUCUACCCUGGGUUUAUGUUAUAUGAUUAUGGUUCCACAGUGUCUCUGUACCAACUAUAGUCUCUUCCCUCCUUGCUGCAUGGUGGGAUUUUGGUCUCUAUAGAGUGAGUGACUUUGUGUCUGUGUCCUUGUCAGUGUGUAAAUACAGUGGGUCUAGGGAGUGUUUUGUGAUCUUUGCAGCCAGCCAGCAAUUGCUGGGCAGCAUUUUUGUUUGGUCACAAUGACAGAGAUGAGCAAACUCAGAGGUAGUGGGCCAUGGUAGAGAACAGUCUGUCAAAAACAUGGAAUUGAAAAUUAAAGACUAUUUUUAAAACAAACAAUUGUUUGUUAAGUCAGUAAAAGCCUAAUGGGGGUUAAAGAAAAGGGGUCUUCUCUGACCAAGAGAUCUACAGGUUGAAGAAAAUCAGAGAACUGAAUGAUGAUGCCGGUGAAAAGAUAAUCUGCAUCCUAGUGAAUUUUUAUGGACGGGAAUAACAAAAUAAGAAGCAGACAGAAAAUCUGUUUGAAAAAUAAUUUGUGUUCCUAAAACAUGUGUAUCUAAACAUAGAUAUAUCCAUUGACAUACAAUAGCUUUAUAUUUCUAUGUGUGAUGCAAUAACUCUGCAACAUUUUGACUUGAUUAAAAAAAGAAAAAAAGAUAUCUCUCUAUAACUUACACACUUAUAACUCACACACUCAUUACUCGCCCAGACAUAACUCAAACACUCAUAACUCACCAGUGAAUUUUAAUUUGUUUUUUUUACUAUUUAUUGAUGGGUAGGUACUUAAUGAUAACCCGGCUGUCCGUAUCCCUCUGAGAGCUGAGCUCCAGAAGGUGGGGGUGUUUGUUGAUUAUGAUGAGGGUCUGGUCUUUUUCUAUGAUGUAGAAGCCAGGGUUCAUAUCUACUCUGCUACUGGCUGCACCUUUAGUAAGCCUCUCUAUCCAUUCCUCUCUACAUGUAAUAAUGAAGAUGGUAAAAACUCUGCCCCCUUAUCAUCUCACCUGUCAAUCAAACAGACUAGGACUUUUGUUUGAUGAACCAAUACCUUAUAAAAUAUUGGCCAUCAUACAUUAUUAGAUUCCACUAUAUUCUAAAAUGCGUGUUUUCUUAGUUGCUAUACAAUUGCAAAUGGUUGCAGUUAUAGCAUGUUUGGAGUAGACCAUGUGGUAGAAAUUAAUGAUUAUAUUCUAUGGUAAACUAUGAUUAUUAUUAGGCCUGUAUAUCUUAAUGGUAGAAAUCACACGGUGCCUGGGAGUCUGGGGUCAGAGCGUAUGUUGGAAGGAACCCAUGAUAGGGGCAGGAAGCUACGGGGUUAAUGUGUGCUGACUGUUAUCGUUGUUGUUCUUCUUCACGAUAAAGUCUUCUGUCAAUACUUGCUCCGGACCCCUCGAUUUCUUUUACUCUCUCUCUUAAACUAGUCGAAGUGUUUUAUAUCUCGGUUAAAAUCUACCACAACAGUUGUUUAUCAUAAUAAUCUUGACAUUACUAUAAAUUAAUAUUUCACAAUCCUAUACACUUUUCUGAUUUCAAUAAAAUUUAAUAAAAAUUAAUCUGUGUACCUAUU